CCGAUCCCCAUAAAGCAAAUCCCUCAAGAUGUGGCACCCAUUAUCCUUUCAAUCUCAACGGCUACUCUACCGCGCCGUCGAAGACACGCCCGAAGACGAGGACUUCAUUCACUCUAUCCAGUCCGAUCCCGAGGCCUACGCCAACUCCACCCCGGCCUUACCCAAACCUCAAGCCAAGCGCGACACCAUCAAUGGCUACAAGAAAUCUCUGACCGAACGGGCCCUGUUGUCAGCUAUUAUCGUGUUGCCCCAUGAGCCGAGUUCCGAGGAAGACAGCCAGAAAACCGGUCCGGGGACGCCAAUCGGAAUCAUCUCGCUGCGGAGAGAGGGGGGUGACUUUGCCCACCAUCGCGGUACCUCGAUCACCAUCGACAUUGCCAGGCUGUACCGCGGGCAAGGCUACGGGAGCGAGGCAAUCAUUUGGGUGUUGGAUUGGGCGUUUCGCCGGGCGGGAUUACAUCGCGUGGAGAUCCAGGCCCUGUCGUACAAUGCGGGCGCGGUGCGGUUGUAUGAGCGAUUGGGCUUCAGGCUGGAGGGUCGGAGAAGAGAGGCGAUCUGGCACAAUGGGGCCUGGCAUGACGAUGUAAUCUUUGGGAUGGUGGAACGGGAAUGGAAGGAGAGGCAGAAGCAGCAGGAAUAGGAGGCAGACAUAGAUCGAGAUGUCAGUUGGAGUGAUUUAGCUAUAGACAAUGAAAUCC